AUCGUCCAAACUUAAUACGUAAUUUAUCGAAUUGUCCACUUUAAAUUUCAAAAUCAAACACAAAAAAAAAAUCGGAUUUUUACCUCGUCGGAGUCGCUACUCAUGAUUCGGACGUAUUCUCGACGAUUACGACUCGAGAAUGUCAACGAUGAAUUUGAGAGUAUGAGAAAUUGAGUGUUUUUCAAUUUUUUAGUCAAAGUGAUGUUUGUUUGCUAAAGAUGCCAAAAGAUUAAAAAUAUAACUUUGUUAUUUUUUAGGACGAUCAAUAGUAAUUUUAAGUACGACCUUUAUCAAUUCCCCAAAAGAAUAGAGAAAUGGCACGCGCACUUAAUGAAGUUGUUAUCAUGCUCUUAGGUUGUUGUCGGUUUCUUGUUGUGUCGAUUGAUGUAACGAUAAGCUUUAGGAUUGACUAGUUGAUACCUUCACACAUUUGAUUUUGACUCCAGGGAUCGUAUAGGUUGGGUGCAAUUUCAAGUUAUGUAACUUGAAUAGAUCUAAGCAACUAAAAUAGGUUAAGGUUUCUCUAAGAAGUUCUUGAGGAAGCUAGAGAAGAUAUGUUCUGAUUUUUUAUGGCAUGGGGACGAUACAGGUAGAGCAAAAGUGUCUUGGGACAGACUAGCGUGUCCACGGAAAGAGGGUGGCUUGGGUGUGCGUGACCUCAUAUCUUGGAACAGAGCAUGUACUGCCAGGAUGCUCUGGCUCCUUCUGAUGCAUUCGGGCGCACUUUGGAUUGCUUGGAUGUAUGCGUACAGAUGCAGGGGGGGGAUCUCUGGAGUAUGAGAGUUGUUGCUUCUAGCUCCUGGGCUUGGAGACGCAUUUUGAAGGUCAGGUCUGUCUUCCAACCUUUGAUGGGUCUGCAGAAUGGAGUUGGGACAUGGAUAGGUACGAAAAUGAUUUCCUAUUAUGUUCGUGAAGUCUGGAACUCCUUAAGGCCUGCCAACAAUAGAGUCAGUUGGUUUAAGCUAUUGUGGGGAAGGAACCAUGUCCCACGAUGGAGUUUUAUUGCUUGGAUUAUAAUGAAAGAUGCCAUGGUUACGAGGGCAAAGUUGCUAAGAUGGGGAAGAGUUAAAGAUGAUAUGUGUGGUUUAUGUGGGAUGGCUAGUGAGACGCGUGAGCACCUUUUCUUUGACUGUAUCUUCUCUAGGUGGUUAUUGGGUAAAGUGGGUUUGCAAUUUGGUAGUAUUUCUAGGGAUGGUUGAGUUGCAGAAGCCACUGCACUAGCUGUUGGCAACAGUCCAUGGAGGCGAGUGCUAGUCUUGAUUUGGUGUUCUUUGACCACUUUCAUCUGGCAGGAGAAGUGUCGAAGAGACCAUGGAGAAAAUCCGAGAAGUGCUGAAGUUGUAUAUGGUUUGUGGUUGUCUGAUAUUCGUUUUGUUGUAGGAGGGUGUCCCGAGUUAUUGGAUGAUUGUGUGAGGCUUGGUUUUAUAACACUGUGAGUUUACAGGGGUAGUGAAAUUGUAGUAUAUGUAGUGGAGGGAUUAUCCAGAGUAGUUCUGCAUGGAAUUCUCUGUUUCGUUGUAUCAGCAGUGGCCCUGUUCACUUGUCGUUUUUAUUUGGUAAUAAAAGGGGGAACUGAUUCAACAAAAAAAAAGGUUAAGGUCAUUUUAAGCCCAUAAUUAAGAUAAAAAUCAGUGUUUGUGAAAUCGUACCGUAUCAGUGGUAUUAUUCAUCCCUCUCAUUGUCAUUGACCUUCACUCAAGGAAGUAUUUUACUAUUCAAUGCUUAAUAUCCCCUAAGAGUGGCGGUCCGACCGAAAAAUGUUAGUGAGUGCAGUGGCGGACCCAGGAAUUACAUCAAGGGUAUUCAACGAUGAAAUAAAUCACCAAGAAUUGUCAAAUAACCUUGAGUUCAAAUACUACCAUCGCGAAAACAAAAUUUUACAAAAGGAAUUUUGGUCAAAAAAUGGAAACAGGGUUUGUCAAUUGACAAGCCUUGGGCUAACCUAGGUCCGCCACUGAGUGAGUGGUAUAUGAUCCACGAUUGAACCUCUUCCAAGUCCCAACAACCCGAGUUAUUGGGAAUAACUGGUUCUUGACAUGGUAUCCGAGUCUGGUUUGUCCUUGAGGUCACGUGUUCAAGUCCUCACGACCUCCAAUAUUAACCGUUGUCUUCAAGCACAUGGUAUGGCGGGCCUGUGCAACCUUCAAGCUCAUGAGUCGGCUUUCGUUUGAGGGGGCGUGUAAGAGAUUGAUAUAAGAUCCAUAAUAACCUUCUCCCAACAAGUCGAGUUAUUGCGAUCAACUGGUUCUUGACACGGUAUCAGAGCCUGCUGUAGCCGAAAGGUCUUGUGUUCGAAUCCUGGUGACCCAUUUGUGAAUCACAUGUAUUCUCGUCGAAUCCUGAUGACCCAUUUGUGAAGCACAUGUAUUCUCGUAUUCAGAUAUGUACAAACGAAAGCACUUAUGAGUUGACUGACAUACCCCGACUGUUCCAAUAUACAAACUCAGCGCUACGAGCCUACGACCAGGGGCGGAGGCAGAGGGUUAAAGGGUGGGUCCCGGUACCCACCCUAACUUGGGAUGGAAAAUGGUCAAUUAAGUAUAAUAGUUAAUCGAGUAUGAAAAAUAACACGUAUAUAAAUGAAAAUGGUUAACCUUUCAAAUAUUUGAUGUAUGCUUUAUAAGUUGUGCAUUGUCAUAUUCAAUAUUUUUAUAACGAGCUAUGUACAAAUAUAAUGGUGCAUAUGAUCUGUCUAAAAUUAAAGAUGUAUUUAUUCAAUAUCUACAACAAAUUUUCACCAAAUUAUGGCUAAUUUGUAAAAAUAAUUUUAUUUCAGUAAGGGGUAGGGAAAGUGUAGCCGGUGGUUCCUAUAAGGACGAAAAUGAGUUAAUUAGUACAAAGUUAAUUGAGAAUGAAAUUUAGGGCACUUC